AUGCUGUUGAACAACAUAAUCGCCUUGUUUGCUGCCUGUCUUAUGGGAUUCUGCAAAAUUGCGAACAGCUACUGGCUCCUGAUCUUCGGGAGAUUGGUUAUCGGCAUCAACUGUGGGCUUAAUAGCGCUCUGUGUCCAAUGUACUUGACGGAAAUUUCGCCGAUCAAUAUGCGAGGCAUGUUAGGCAGUGUCAAUCAGCUUGUUUCAGCGAUUGCGAUUUUGGUCGCUCAAGUGCUGAGCAUGAAUCAAGUGUUGGGGAAUGAACAUAUUUGGCCCAUUGCGCUUGCAUUCACCGCCGUACCGGCCAUUUUUCAGCUAAUUCUUUUGCCUUUCUGUCCGGAAAGUCCAAAAUAUUUACUGGCUACGAAGAAUCAGCCUGAAAAAGCGAGGCUAGGUAUGUUAUAUUCGACGCAUGUUAAUUAUCCUGGUGUCUGAAU